AUGGUUUGUACUGCGCCUUUAAUGCGUUCUGGGGUUUUCCGGAAGCGGAAGUAUGUGCAGAUAUUCAGUGUAAACAUUGUGUAAAUCACUGCGUGGUGUCUGACAGUCAAUGUGACAGUUCGUUGCUUAUCGCCAAGCUUAAUGUAUCUGGACAAAACGACUUUCAUUAACUUAAAGCAGGGAUUCACAAACAGCCAGUUCUGAAACUGCAAAAAAAAAAGUGUGCAAACAUGGGGGUAAAAGGCUUACAGUCCUUUCUGGAGACUUGUUAUCCAGAGACUUGUCUACAUGUGGACUUAAGACAGUUGGCUGCAGCUCAUGCCAAAGCCCAUCCUGACAUGAUGCCUACUGUGGUGGUGGAUGGAAUGGCCUGUUUGAGGCACUGGUAUCAGUGUGAAGCCUGGGUCCAUGGUGGUCAGUGGCAAGAGUACAUGCAUUUUCUACACAAAUUCGUGGAGGCAUUCAAAGUGUCAGGCUUAAGAUUGGUCUUCUAUUUUGAUAGCACUAUUGAAGAACAGAAGAGAGCAGAAUGGGUGAAGAGACGGCUGAGAGUCAACCAGGACAUAGUCAAGAUAUUUAAUCACCUUAAGAAUCAUCACCAACAACCAAAUAGAAAAAUGUUCUGCCUCCCUUCAGGAUUGGCCAGCUUCUCCACGUUUGCACUCAAAUCUCUUGGUCAAGAAGCAUACUGCUCUGUUCGUGAAGGGGACUACGAGAUCGCCGAAUAUGCACUCCGUAACAACUGCAUAGGUAUUCUUAGUCAGGAUACCGACUUUAUCAUUUAUGACACAGUUCCUUAUAUGUCCAUUGAUAAACUCAGAUUAGAAAACAUGACAACAGUGCAGUAUUCUAGAGAAAAGCUGUGCCACAUCCUGAAGCUUCAAAAAUCUGAUCUUCCUUUACUGGCUUGCAUUAUGGGUAAUGAUUUUGUCUCAGAGCAUCAACUGCAGAAUCUCCGUAAAAAUGCUUUGACCGUGUAUGGGAAAAAACACCCGGGUGACAAAGUCCAUGCAGCAGCCGAGUUCAUAAACAGUCAUCGUCCAAACAGUGAUGAAACACGUAGCGUCUCAACACUACAUUUAUCCAAAGCUGAUAUGGAGGUUGUUGAAAAGGGAAUCCAGUCAUAUCUUCUCCCAGGACAAACAUCGCCUUGGUUAGAUCGAAGCCUACCUAUGCCUAUGCCAAAGCAGGUGUGUGUGAUGGAAAAGUACCUAAACAGAGAUAUAUUGCAGGCAGCAAAAGAAAGGCACAUCCAAGCAGAGGGCUUCAUGAUCUAUAAUGUCCUGAAGUAUGGGGUGGUGGAUUGCAGCAAUACACUGGAAGAUGAGGAACUUGGUCUGCCUCCACAGGCUAUUUUAUACCAACCACUAAGAGAACAUAUCUACAGUAUUCUCAUGCCGAGUUCUUAUGGUGAAACCUUGUCUGUGCAGGAAUGGUUUGUUUUUCCUGGGAAUCCACUUAAAGAACCAAAAAAAGUCUUUCCAAAGGCUCUAAACCUUCCAGAUGGAACUCCUGACCUUACGACUCUGUGGUUUGGAAAUGACCCGGAGGUGAAAAGCAUCCGAGUUUCCACUUUCUUGGCUGUUUUUGACCUCCAGGACUUUAGUGAAGAUCUGAAAUCCUUUGACACUCCUUUGGUAGCUGUGAUUUGUCUUGUAGCAUACAUAGCUAAUCAGGCUAAACACUUUUCUGUUGAAGACAUAGAUGCAUAUCUAAGCCAAGCCGUCUGUAUCAGAUAUAAGUCUCACACAGACCUGCAGCACAUGAAGGUUCCUCAGGUGGACCCAAGGGCUGUUCAUCUUGGUUCCCUUUUUGUACGGGGCCUAACCUAUCUGAUCGCUGCCAACAGUGCCUGUGGUGUUCCUUUUGCAAUGAAUGAGCUCAUGCCUUGGAAAAUGUUUGAUGGCUUGCUGUUCCAUUCUAAGUACCUCCAGGCACACUCUGGUUGUGCUAAAGAGGACCUGCUAGAGGGCAAUCCUGCUUGGGUAUCUCUGUUUCUCACACUUCGAGAUCUGGUUCUCAAAGCCUGCAGAAGACAUGGCUCCACUAUCCGUAGUUUUCCAUGCAGACUUCAGCAUGGCCCAUGGAUGGAGAGUCUCACAGAGAAAUGGAAUCCCAAUUCUUUAGCACCUUUGACUGUUACUAUAGACAGCAGCCCAGGGGUCCAGCCUUCCACAUGCAAGGACGUAGUUAUAGACCAAGAUCAAGUACGAGACACCCUAACAGAAGGCAUCACCAUCCCCCAAGAUGGCCUCGGUAGCAAAGUUAAAGACCAGAUUUCACUUGACCCAGAAAUGUUCAAGAACAGAAAUCAUGGAGAUGUAGUGUGGAACACCAUAAAAACAAAGAAAAUGGAGCAACAUAGUGACAUCACUAAGCACAGGACGUCUCUCUAAAAUAUAUACAAGGACAAAAACUUACCAGGGAGGCUGCCAUGAGACGUACUGCAACAUUAAUAUUUCAUUAACAUUAAUGUCCUUACAUUAACAUUAACAUGACCUACAGCUUCAGGAAUGUCUAACAGGUACUGAUUCAUCUCUGUAUGUGACAUGUCUCUCUAUGGGGUAGGGAGGUUAGAGUGAAAACCAUCUAAGCUUAAAUACAUCACCACAAAUCAUGUAGCAAGAUAUAUUAUUAUGGUCUGAUGGGAACAAUUCCAAAAGGUAUAAUAAUUCCACAAUUUUUGUUUGGUGCAAAAAAAAAGCACAUCACCUAAAGAUAACUAUACCCAUGGAAACAUCAGCUUUACAGCGUUAUUGGUCUGGGUCACCUCUCUGAUUAGAGCCUGUCUCCUUCGUUUGUGCUCUUUGGCUUUGUGGACAUAUCUAGGAAGAGUCAUGGUUGUUCCUGAUGUCUUCCACUGAAGAAUGAUGGAAGCCUACCGGAUCUUGCAUGGCCUUUAAAUCUGCAGGAAUCUUUUGGUCCCAUUCCACACCUGUGCCUUGACACAAGCUGUGGACAUUAAGCACUGACCUUAUAGCUCGCUCUGAUACGCACUGUUAGCUAUGGGGUUUUUAGAAACAGAUGUGUCCCUUUCUAAAUCAUGUCCAUUCAACUAAAUCGGAUGAACUUUGAAAACAAUCCUAUAGAAAAAAGGUACGGUAUUAUAGCUUUUUCAUAAAAGUUUGUUUCUAUUCUUCUGGAUUAUUUUUUAAGAGAAAAGGGGUAUUUUUAACUACUUAUUUAUGUGUAUAUAUCUAUCCAUGGCUUGUACAGGUUACUUUUCUGUCACAUUUUUGAAAGCUUUUUCUUUUCAAAAAAAUGUUUGUGCUUCAUGUUUUGUUUUUAUUGCAUAUGUGACCAGGCUGCAACAAGUCCAGCACUACAUUAAUUAAUUAUUAAUUAUGAUUAAAGAUCAACAUAAGCACAUGGCUUAUUGGCCAAAAUAUCAUUACUAGAAUGCAGCUUAUUAUUUAGUAUAUGAACAUGUCUGCGCUGCUCUUCCCUCUGCCCAUGAGGCCAUGAAACAGUGGCACAACUGGGAUUUCUUAAACAGUCCAGAGAGGAAAUAGGAUAUGGAGAAAGUUCCACAGUUCUUCCUCCCGUCUACAGAAAAAUGAAGCCCAUGCUGGAAUGAAAAACAGAGCUAUACAAAUACACUCCUUGACCUUGGCAUGUGUGAAGCAUGUAGGAAUAGCAGGAAGUGGAGUCGAUGGAUUUAUCCAUGACAAAAGAACAGAUUUUAGGAUCUAUUUUGAAAAGCUUAAUAAAAUAAAGAAACUUAAAGGAGAACAGAAAGCAAUGCAGUUUUGUCUAAUAAACGAGGAACAACACUGGAAUUGAAGUCUUUUAUUAAUAAAGAUGAUGAUGUGUAUAGGAUAAUAAUGAUUUGAUCCUCCUAGUAGGGUCAUAUAUGUGUCUGACAUCUGACAUAUGUGUCUGACUAAUCUAAGACAUCAUUUUCUUGCUGUGGUUUGAGUUUAAGAGGAUCUGUACGGUUUGAUUUCCCAAACAAAUCCUGAUCAUUUACUGUUUUGUUCUAUUUAAUCAUUUCCUGGAGGCCUUGCAUGCAGCUUGUGUCUUUUUCAGAGGCAUAAGGCAAAAUUAGCAAUACAACAAUGGAAUGUCAGCUUAAUUAUAGUUUGAAUGGGUCAAAAUUAGCAACCCAGAACCAUAAUCUUCUUUUUAUCGGUUCACAUUUAGCGUGUGUGUGUGUAUAUGUGUAUGUGCGCGUGUGUGCAUGCUCGUAUGGUAAAUAUAGACUCUGUGCCCAUGGCGCUGUGGUCACAGCCUAGUGGGUUGUGGCUGAAGUGGGCGUGAGUGGGGGAUCUGGUGCAGGGGAUCAGUGGUGAGGGGUAGUCAUCACUAUAGCUAUAGUGGGGAUCUGAGCGUUUGUUGUGCAGCAGACUCUGUGCACUUGGGGUGGGGUGGGCUCUGCCACAGGAACCCAGACUUUGGCACAUACUCAUCUCUGUUUCCUUUAUAAAGAGAUAGAAUUGUUGGCUCAAAGAAGCCACAACUGCAAGCUGGGCCUUAUUCUUUUAUUUAUUUAUUUUUUAAUCAAGCUAAGUAUCCUACAAUGGUCAGUUGGCUGGUGCAUCUCAGUAAUGCAAUAGAGGGUGAAUGGAUAAGAUAUUCACCAAAAACAUAAGGAUAUAGUGGAGUUUACUUGAUGUAAUGAGGGCUAUUAUAGAUAGCCUGAUCUGUUUCUAUAGUAAUAACCUCCUUGCAAAGACUUGGUCUUAUGAGCAAAACACAAAGUCAUUUCAUAGUUUAAUAUUACUGUCUUGAAAGGGCUGUAAUUGUUUCCUCAUGCAGGGAAGAGCUUGUUUAAAAUUAGUAUCAGGUAGGGAUGCUGUUGAAUGCAUUGUGUAGCUGUUUUGCAUUUAAUCAGGGUUAUUUUUGUCACUUUACAAAACCUCUAAAAAUACAGGACUGAUGUGAAUACAUAGAUCCCCUGAUAUUUAUGGUUGCAGCUAUAAAUAGAGGACUGUUAACCCAGGAACCGGGCCCAUUUCUGCAUCUGCCAUAAUUGUAUGUGGAUACUGAAAAUUACACAAAAGCAGCUGAGGAAAACAGACAACUGAGGGCAAAAAAUAACUUCACUAUUGACUGUUUCAGUGGUGCCUGGUGUCUAGCUGGCCAAAAAGGCUUCAUGUCUUUAUGUAAGAAUCACAUAACUUAAACUUUGCUACUUCAUGUUUUGCAGUUCAGUGAUCACAAGCAGGGCUUCAGCUCAGUCAUUCUUCUGUUACUCUCUAUUUCUGUGAGUCUGCUUUUUUAACUAAUGGCAUUUGUCAAAUAUUACUAUACAGAGAAUAUACAGUAUGUUACACUGGUUAUAUUGAGAUUUUAAAAGGAAAGAGAUUUGGACGUUCGUGCAAACAUCUGAGAACGGAUUAUAAUAUCUUGUUAUUUUGUUGUUGUUUUUUUAGUAAAGAUACAGUGCAGUUUUUUCAUACAAAAAAGAAGCGAGUGUGAAAGUCUCCAGAGAAAGAAGAUGAUUCUUCAAGAUACUCAGUUAAAAAAUUUCAAUUUCUAACCCUAAUCCUAACAAUUUUAUAAUAGUUAAACAAGUGCUGUCACACCAAACACUGACUUCUUUUAGUUUAUUAUGGUUAACUGCUCUUUAUACUGUAUUUUAAUAAAUGCAGAAAUGUUUUAUUUGUUUCACAUGCAUCUUUGCUUUAGAGAAUUUAUUUUGCAUGUACUUAAGACUUUUGUACAGUGCACCAUACAGUAAAUCCUUUAAACUUUCCUGUUAUUAUAAUUAGUACUUCUGUGAUUUUCACAUACAGCAGUUUCUAGAAUUUGCUCAAAAUUUUGGGAAAAUAAAAUCUAGUGAGCAGCAGUGCUGAGGGCAGAAAUGUUGAUGAUAGAGGGAAGAAGAGAAUGGCCAGACUGGUUUAAGCUGACAGGAAGUCUACUGAAACUCAUAUUAACCACACUUUAAAACCACAGAGAGCAGUAAAGCAGCUCAAAAUGCACAUUGUGUUCUUCUCCUGUUAGGAAUCUGAAAACAGUUGAUGAAAACCAUCCCUGUUUUUUUCCACAAUCUUAAACUGUCCAGUUUCAUCCUCAGAUCCCUGACAGGAGCAGAACCCCAUGUGGUCUGCUAUUGUAACCUCACUGUUUGGAUUAUGUGUAUUGCUAUUUGUAAUUGCUCAUCACUGGUUGUAUAUAGUGGUUAUUUGAGUUCAUAACAGUCUGGGCAUUCUCCUCUCACCUCUGUCAUCUGCAAGGCCUUAAUGCCUCUGGAUGUACAUCCAUCCUUCUAUCCAUACAUCCAUACAUCCAUACAUCCAUACAUACAUACAUACAUACUUACUUACUUACUUACUUACUUACUUACUUACUUACUUACUUACUUACUUAC